CUGGCUUCCCCUGCCGCGGAACCCUGGGAAUUGUAGUUCUUCAAGCAAAUAAUAUCUUUAUUUCUCAAUGUUUUACUUGCGGCCAAGACUACAUUUCCCAGAGUUCCUUGCAAGGAAAUGGAAUCAUGCAUGCAACUGAACGAAGCAAGCGUCUGUUGCAGAACCAGAAACCAGUUUAAUACAUCUUACUGAAGAGGCAUUUUGUGGGGGCUUUUUUCCCCUGGAGAGACUUUGGGCUGCGAGAGAUUACAACCAGUCCUCUCUUUUGGAGUUUGCCUCUUUCAGGAACGAGUGUGCUGGAGAGACUGGUUUCAAACCGGUUUAAGGUUGUGUCCACACGCCUUCGCUUGGCUUUCCCCAGAAAGACGUUUACCUUAAUGCAAAGCAAAGAUAGCCCCAGGGAAUCGAAUGCUGUUAGAUGCCUCCGAUAAUUCACCUGCGUGGUCCCUAAGUAAGACCUGUCAGUGCUGCAGCAGGAUCAGCCUUGGGACUGACCUGACCCUGGCUAAGGGAGCAGAAGUUGGGUCCACCUUACUCCAUGUUUCUAGCAAAAACCUUGAAACAAAAGGUAUGCACUAGGAUCAACCCAUCACUGGAUUGCUGGGUUUGGAUUAGCCAAGGGUCAAAAUGGAGGAGCAAAACCCUGCAGGCCCUGAACUGGAAGUGAGACCAGAAGGGGUGGGAAAAGCACAUUUUGGGGGUCUACCAGAAUGUGCGACAGAGCAGCCAGAGUGGAGAGCACUGGGUAAGGGGAUGCAGCAUCAUGGGGAAGCCCAAUGCCUGGAGUUUCUGAGGGGGCUGGAUUCUCCUCAGAAGGCUUGGGGAAGCCCACUUCUGAUGGAGGCCAUGUCGUGGGACAACAUCAAGACUUUUCUAUCCUCUUUCGAGCAAAUUGCGGAAGCCUGUCAGUGGCCUGGAGAAGAGUGGGUGAACCGGCUCCUGCCAGCACUUAGCGGGGAUGUUGAGCAGGCCCUGAGCAGGCUGGAAGGCACAGACAGGGAGGAUUAUGGGAAGGUCAAGGCCACCAUCUUGCGAGAGGAUGCCAUGAGAAUGGAGCUGCAGCGCCAGCACUUCCGGCAGUUCCGCUACCAGGAGGUGGAGCACCCGCGAAGGAUUUACAGCCAACUUCGGGAGCUCUGCCAUCAGUGGCUGAGACCGGAGAGACACACCAAGGAGCAGAUCUUAGAGCUGCUGAUCUUGGAGCAGUUCCUGACCAUCCUGCCACAUGAUCUGCAGUCUUGGGUCAGGGAAGGGAGACCAGACAACUGUGCCCAGGCAGUGGCCCUGGUGGAGGAUUUCCUGAUGAAUCGGCAGAAAGCUGACUCGUGGAAAUGGCAGGAGCCAAUGCAGGAGGCGGUCAGGAGUUCCUUGGUGGCAGAAGCGACUCCGUCAAACUCUUCUCAGAGAGAGGCCUACAUGGAUAUGAAGCAGAAAGGUGAAGUGGAUAUUGAUUUGCUGGCCAACGGAACAACAUUCCCAAAUCAUUCCAGUCCGCUGCUUCCUCCUGAGGGACGGGGAAUGGCUGGGCUGACUGAGGGUCCGGCAAGCUUCAAGGAGCAGGAGGCAUCUUUUGACAAAGAUGAUCGGACUCAAGUACAUCCAGGACAAAGAACGAUGUUCUGGCAAGUCAAAGAGGAGAUCUGUGGGAAUGUAGGUUCCUUGGAGGGACUUUUGAUUCCCAAACUUGACCUCACCUUCCAUCCAGAAAAAGGGGAGAAGAUGUUUUUCCAGGACCAAGAUUCAGGUAAGAGAAGAGAGAUCAAGAUGGAGUCUUCUCAUCAAGUUGGGACUGGACCAGAGGAAAUGCCCCACCACAAUGUUUCUGAGAUGACCAAGUUUCCAGAGCAAAGGUGUGAGUCUAAAGGACAGCAUGGAAAGAACAAAUGUGGUGACAGUUUGGGAAGUCUUACAGCUGGUGGUGGUGAAGGCACUGGGGCAGAAAAGCCCCUGGCCUCCCAGCAUGGAAGAAAAUACCAGUACAACUUGGGACUUGUAAAGAUAGAUGCCGAAGAAAGCCCUUACGAAUGUUCUGUGUGUGGGGAAAGCUUCCAGCAAGAAGGUCAGCUUGCUGAACAUCAGAGAAUGCACACCACAGAGGAAACAUAUGAAUGGUCUGAGUGCGGGAAAUCCUUCUCACAGAGAGAAAUGUGGGCUAGUGAACAGAGUAGCUCUCUGGCAGAGAAACCUUAUGAAUGCCCUGAGUGUGGGAAAAGGUUCAGUUACAGAGCAACUUUAAUGAGACAUCGGAGAAUCCAUACUGAAGAGAAGCCACAUAAAUGUUCUCACUGUGGUAAAAGCUUCUCUCAGAGAACGAACUUAAUGAGUCAUCUGAGAAUCCAUACUGGAGAGAGGCCAUAUCAAUGUUCACAAUGUGGGAAAGGCUUCAGGUGGCAAUUGCAUUUGAAAAGACAUCAGAAAAUCCAUACAGGAGAGAAACCGCAUGAGUGCCCCGAGUGUGGGAAAAGCUUCUCUCGGAGGGAUACGUUGAUCAAUCAUCGGAGAACCCAUACGGGAGAGAAGCCUUAUGAAUGCCCCGAGUGUGGGAGAAACUUCAAUCAUCCGUGUAAUUUGAUUGAACAUCAGAAAACUCAUACAGGAGAAAAACCACAUGAGUGCCCUGAGUGCGGGAAAAACUUCUCUCGGAGAGAUACACUGAUCAAACACCAGAGAACCCAUACGGGGGAGAAACCUUAUGAAUGCCCCGAAUGUGGGAAAAGUUUCAAUCAUCCAUGUCGCUUGAUUGACCAUCAGAAAAUCCAUACAGGAGAGAAACCACACGAAUGCCCUGAGUGUGGGAAAAACUUCUCUCGGAGAGAUACGUUGAUCAAACAUCAAAGAACCCAUGCAGAGGGGAAACCUUAUGAAUGCCCUGAGUGUGGGAAAACCUUCCUUCAAAAAAAGGCAUUCAUUAGACAUCAGAUAAUUCAUUUAGGAGAUAAAUCCAGCUAAUGUUCUUUGCAGUGCCAGAUUCUACAGAAAAAGGAAGAAAAGGUUUUACUAGCAAAAUUCACCUUGUUUUAUGUUGGAUAACUUACUUAUCAGUACCACAGAGGAAAGUGUCUUUCUCCCGCCCCAAAGUGUCUAUCAGAAGUACUAGGGGAAAAGGUAAAGGUAAAGGUUGUGCCAUUGAGUCGGGUUGACUCCUGGAGACCACAGAGCCAUAAACCACAGCAAAAACCUUUGAAGUUGGAAAUCUAGAGUGCCUUUAUUAAGGAAGUUAACAAAAUGUGGUGAUGAAUUAAAAAUAUAUAAACAAGAAAUUGUAAAGAGGUUAGCAGAAGCAGAAAAGAGUUUAGGUAAAAGGCUGACAAAGCUAGAAGAAAAGAGCACAAAUACGUUAAGAAAUGAAUUCAUUAAUCAGGAAGUUAAAGAUCAAAGUGAAAAACAUAAAGUAGAAACUAAUAAAAUAGAAACUGGAUAAAGCUUUUCAGUUAGCAAAAGCUUUUGAAAAACGAAAAGCAGUAAUUAUUUAUGUGAUAGUACAGAGGGUUGACAAUAUGACUAGGAAAAAUAAUAUAUGCAUCAGAACACUAAAGUAUGCAUCAGAACACUAAAUCUUACUUUUCCAAGUAGAGGCCAAAUGGUUCCUGUUUUGGGGUUGCAUUGGUUCAUCAGUCAAUAUAAAAAUAGAUUCUGAUCCAUGGAUUAAUAGCUCUUUUUCAAAAAUGAAUAAAGAUUAUCAGGACAACUUUGAAAACUGAUAAAAGACUGAAUCAGUUAAACUGAUCAGUUUAACUUUGAAAACUGAUAAAAGAAGAUAGCUCUUCACCACGUUUCAAUCAUCAAUAUUUUUUUCAGAUCUUUCAGCAAUUGCUCUAAAUAAAAGAGGAUGUUUUAAAGGAAAAACAGAAUAAAGGAUUUUAGAUGUGAUUUUUUCCUCUUUACUUGGGGGGAAAAAAGACAAUGAUUACAAUUGCUGUAAAAGAAGCAAGAUCCAUUGGAUCACGUUGAUGUAAUAAUUGAGGUAAAUGAGAAUCAGGAAUGUAGAAACAGGAAUGUGUUAUUCAUGAGGAGGAAUCGGUUAAAGGAAAAAUUUUUAGCAUUUAGCUAUAAAGUAUCUAAAAGCUCUACUGAAUAAUAUUGGUAUUAUUAAAGUGUUAGUUACUUUAGGCUUUUCCUUACUCUGGCUCUAGUUUCUUUUGUUUCUUGGCUCAGUUUCAUUUUUGUUCUUCUUCUCCUUAGCAUUUUAAAGAUAAUAACAAUGACUCACUGAAGUUAUCAUCUCUGUGUAUUGCAGGGCUUCAUAGGGAUUGAGAGGAGGAGGAUUAAGUGAGAAGUAGUGCAUAAGAAUGUGGGCAUGAAACAAACAUAAGAACAAAUUUUAAAGUAUGCUGUUUUCAAGGUGAAAUAUAUAUAUCAUGCACUAAAACUCAAGACAUUUUGACAAGAAUUCUUAAUAAAGCUCUUUAAAAGGUAAUUCUUAUGUAAAGACAUAAAGGAGCAUACUUUUUUUAAAUACAAAGGUGAUUUGGAAUUCUUUAAAUUAGCAAUAGGCUGGCCAACAUGCUGUGUAACCAGCAUUGAAGUUUAUGAUGCAGAGAAAACAGUUUCUGAUUCUGGAGAGGAGAGCUGGUUUUGAGGUAAAGUAAAGUUGUACCAUCGAGUCGGUGUUGACAGCUGGCGACUACAAAGCUAUGUGGUUGUCUUUGAUAGAAUACAGGAGGGGUUUACCAUUGCCAUCUCCCUUGCAGUAUGAGAUGAUGCCUUUCAGCACCUUCCUAUAUUGUUGCUGCCCAAUAUAGGAGUUUCCCAUAGUCUGGGAAACAUACCAGCGGGGAUUCCAACCAGCAACCUCUUGCUCCCUAAGCAAGUUACUUCCCCACUGUGCCAUUAGGUGGCUCUUGAGGACUUGUGGUAGGGUCUGCCCUAGUUUGUAUUUGUAUUUGUAUUUUUACAUUUAUAUCCCGCUCUUCCUUCAAGGAGCCCAGAGCGGUGUACUACAUACUUGAGUUUCUCUUUCACAACAGCCCUGUGAAGUAGUUUAGGCUGAGAGAGACGUGACUGGCCCAGAGUCACCCAGCUAGUUUCAUGGCUGAAUGGGGAUUUGAACUCGGGUCUCCCCGGUCCUAGUCCAGCACUCUAACCACUACACCACGCUGGCUCUGUUUGCACGUGUUUGCAUGUGAAUGAGAGACUGCAUGUGUGAGCACUGUAAGAUAUUCUCCUUUGGGAAGAGCACCUGCCUGCUUGCAUGCAGAAAGUUCGAAGUUCCCUCCCUGGCAGCAUCUCCAAGAUAGGGUGGAGAGAGACUCCUGCCUGUAACCUUGGAGAAGCUGCUGCCAGUCUGUGUAGACAAAACUGAGCUAGAUGGACCAAUGGUCUGACUCAGUAGAAGGCAGCUCCCCAUGUUCUUAUGACCCGCUGGGGCUGCUGCGCACCUGGAAGGCAGUCUUGGCAGUCUUGUGCAAGAGCACAGAUGCACAACUACUUAAAACAGCGUAUGGACACUUGUGCCUCCAUAUUCUUUAAGUCAUAUCAGAUCACUAAAGCUAUUCCAGAGGUCUGUCUUCGGACUUAAAAAUUUGCCACAAGUAGUUCAUGAGCCAGCUGGGGAGGUCAGUACUAUUUGGGGGAAUGAAUGUUAAUUGUGAUUUUUGACAAGGGUCUACACCCCUAGAGAUAGCCACCUAAUGCCCCAGUGGGGGAAUAAAUAAUAAAUAAAUAAAACAAAUUAUCAAGUCAGAGGUUGCCAGUUCGAAUCCCCCUGGUAUCUUUCCCAGAUUAUGGGAAACACCUCUAUUGGGCAGCAGCGAUAUAG